AUGCAACUGAAUGAUAAAGUCCCAGAAUUCAUUCUACUGGGGUUGGCACAAGAUCCAUUUAGAAAGAAAAUAGUAUUCACUGUGUUUUUGCUGCUUUAUAUGGGAACAUUAUUGGGAAACUUGCUGACUGUUGCUGCCAUCAAGACAAGCCCAGAUCUCAGGAGUCCCAUGUAUGUCUUUCUUUUCUAUUUAUCUUUGUCGGACACCUGCUUCUCCACUUCUACAGCACCAAGAACCAUUGCUGAUGCCCUUUUGAAGGAAGCCACUAUUUCUUUCAGUGAGUACAUCAUCCAAGUCUUUUCAUUUCAUUUCUUUGGCUGCUUGGAAAUCUUCUUUCUCUUCCUCAUGGCCAUUGACCACUGUGUGGCCAUCUUCAAACCCCUGCACUACAUGACCGUCAUGAGCCACAGGGUCUGUAGUGUGCUGGUGGCCAUGGCCUGGGUGGGAUCCUGUGUGCAUUCUUUGGCUCAGAUAUUUCUGGCCUUGAGUUUGCCUCUCUGUGGUUCCAAAGUGAUAGAUCACUAUUUCUGUGACUUGCAGCCCUUGCUGAAACUUGCCUGUACAGACACCUAUGUGGUCAACCUGCUCCUGGUGUUCAACAGUGGUGCCAUGCAUACUGUGAGGUUUUUUUUGUGUGUGUGUGUUCUGAUUUUCUUCUAUGUCAUCAUCCUGAGUUCCCUGAGAAAGAACAUCAUGAAUAUAAUUAAAAUAUCAGAAUAUUUUGACCUGAAAAGCCAUCAUCCAUGGUCUAAGCUCAUUGGAUCAGAGUAUUCAUAG